AUGCCCGCCACCGUCGCAGAGGGCUUCGACCACGCGUCGUACCCGCACCUAAUGUCAAUGGUGCUGGACCACGCAGACCCGGAUGUGCUACUCGCCCUGCGCGGCACCUCGAAAGCGCUGCGCGAGGCCGCCGACGCACGGCUGUUCGGGCAUGUCGUCGUGGGCGAUAGCGACGGCUAUACUUCCAGAGGGGAAGGCUACCCCGUCCCAAUACGCUCGGCACUCGUCCGUGAGCCCGGUACAGAGAGCAACUUCGGGACCUGGGCCGGCGGGUGGGGCUGGGCAUCCUUCAGCGGCGGGUGGGGCGCGGGCCUGCCCGGCGCAGAGGUCUACCCGCGGGCAUGGUGGUCCGGCGCCAGCGCAGACCGCGACGCCGGGCAGCUCGCAGCCCUCGGCGAACGGAUCAAGCGACACACGCGCGUCCUGGACAUCCGGGACGCCUCGGCCGGCGUGCUCUCCUUCCUGUCCUCGCUCGAGCUGCACCUCGACAUGCUGCGCAUCACGGCGGGCGCCUACCCGACCAGCGCCAGCGACAACGUCGUCCUCCCCGCCAGCCGCACACUGGUCAUCUUUCCCCCGCCACCGCUCUACUCGCUCGCGCUGACGGCGCUCAAGAACAGGCCGUACGUGUACCCGCUCGCUCCGGAGCCGUUCCUCCCCACCGCGGGCGCAGCGCACGCCGUGCACCAUAUCCACUUUGCGCCCGAGUCUGUCGACCUCGUCUUCUUCAGCGAACGCUUCCUGUCCUACACUGCUACCGCGUCGGACGUGUUCGUCUUCGCGCCGCCGCUUGACCCGCCGCUGCGAGCGUCAGCGGCCGCCAGCGAGCCGGUGCGCGCGUCGCGCUUCUCGCAGCUCGACACGCCCGACCCCGACGCCGCGGCGUACGUGCUCGCUGUGCGCACGCGCCAGUGGGGUCGUGUGUGGCGUGACGCUGUCGCGUGCCGUGUCCACGCGGGGCGCAAGGUCACGCUCGUCGACUUGGGGAACGCAGCCCCGAGCGUGUGGACCGAGCCGUGUACUGACCCUGACGACGACUUUGCCGCGCGCUUGGUCGAGGGCGUCGGCGCGGCCAUCACGCACUAUCGCGCCGCUGGGUGGACUUGGGGCGGCUCGCGCGCGCCGGCUGUGCCGGCUGGCGCUGAGGCAGACGCGCAGGCCAAGGAUGACAUUGCGCGCCUGCUGCGCUUCGUCAGUGCCGACGAGUAUGCGCACGAGGUCCGCGCCGAGGUUGCCAUACCGCUCCGGCUGGAGCAGCAUGCUCCGCGCAAGGAGGUGGGGAAGCGCGAGCCUGGGGAGAGGGGAUAUCGUGAGUGGGCAUGGCGCGACGUUGUCAACAAGGCGCACUCGCUGCCUGACCCGUUCAAAUCGACGUGGUGA